ACAACCCGGGCCGGCCCCGCCCGUGCCGCUGCCCGCUGCUGGCUCCCUGGGCGGCGGCGGCGGCGGCGGCACCGGCCGGGCGAGCGGCGGGCGGUCUGCGGCCCGGAGACGCGCAGCCGCGCGAGGAGCCGACCGCGGUCGCGCGUGAGGAGACCACGCGGGCGGCGGGCGCGAGGCCGGCGUGAGGGCGGCGCCGGCGGCCGGCACCCCGGUCCCCGCCGGUCCGGUCCCGCCGCCGCCGGCAUGAGCCACAUCCAGAUCCCGCCGGGGCUCACGGAGCUGCUGCAGGGCUACACGGUGGAGGUGCUGCGCCGGCGGCCGCCCGACCUCGUCGACUUCGCCAUCGACUACUUCACCCGCGUGCGCGAGGCCCGCGCCCCGGCCGGCGCGCCGCCCGCCGCCGCGCGGGCGCCGGAGGGGCCGGGCCCGGGCGCCGCCGGGGCGGAGAGCGAGACCGAGUCCGAGUCCGAGGAGGAGGCGGACGUUCCAAUUCCUAGUAGACAGAAUCGGCGAGUAUCAGUUUGUGCUGAGGCCUACAACCCUGAUGAUGAAGAGGAGGACACAGAGCCAAGGGUGGUUUAUCCUAAAACUGAUGAGCAGAGAGGCAGACUUCAGGAAGCUUGCAAAGAUAUUCUCCUUUUCAGAAAUCUUGAUCAGGAACAGCUCUCGGAAGUCCUCGAUGCCAUGUUUGAGAAGGUAGUCAAAGUGGGUGAGCAUGUUAUUGACCAAGGAGAUGACGGAGACAACUUUUAUGUCAUAGAACGGGGAACGUAUGAUAUUUUGGUAACAAGCAAUGACGUCACCCGCUCUGUCGGUCAGUACGACCACCGUGGAAGUUUUGGGGAGCUCGCUCUGAUGUACAACACCCCGCGGGCCGCCACCAUCGUGGCCACUUCGGAAGGCGCCCUGUGGGGCCUGGACCGGGGGACUUUUAGAAGAAUCAUAGUGAAAAACAACGCACAGAAACGGAAGAUGUUCGAAGCAUUUCUUGAGUCUGUGCCCCUCCUUAAGUCACUAGAGGUGUCGGAGCGAAUGAAGAUCGUGGAUGUGAUCGGAGAGAAGAGCUUUAAGGACGGGGAGCGCAUCAUCACUCAGGGCGAAAAGGCCGAUUGCUUUUACAUCAUAGAGUCUGGUGAAGUGAGCAUCUUGAUUAGGAGCAAGACUCAAGCCAGCAAGGACAACGGGGCCCAGGAGGUGGAGAUCGCCCGCUGCCACAAGGGCCAGUACUUCGGGGAGCUGGCCCUGGUGACCAACAAGCCCCGCGCCGCCUCCGCCUACGCCGUGGGGGACGUCAAGUGCUUGGUGAUGGACGUGAAGGCGUUCGAGCGGCUGCUGGGGCCCUGCAUGGACAUCAUGAGGAGGAACAUCAGCCACUAUGAGCAGCAGCUGGUGAAGUUGUUCGGCUCCAGCAUGGAUCUGGGCGACCCCGGGCCAUAGUGCGCACCCCGUCUCCUCGGGGCCCGGACCUGACUCAGCCUCGGGCACGAAGGCAGACCCCACGGAGCUGCCACAGCCGCCUCUGUGGCCACGGGCAUCAGGACACUGGACAGCCGGCACUGCGGGUGGUCGGUUCAGCCCACACCUCCACUUGCUUCCAAAAGCCUCUUAUUAGACUUGUGACGAGUAUCCCAGCCCAGUUUCACAGCUUUGGUUCGAAAUGGCAUGUCUCUCCAACAAUUAAGUGCCUGACACAGUCCAAAGUGUGACCACCUCCCUUUCCGCUCCUGCUGCUGCUGCUGCCCGGGAGCCGCCUGGGGGCCGUGCAGCCUGUGGGGGACGGUCCGCCCCUCGCCCAGCCUUCCUCAGGUGGGAAGCCUGCAGCUUCCCUCCGGUGGCCUUGAGGCUGCACACUGCCCACAGGGCAGCCUCUGCUGUCACAGCGGCUGCUGGCGGCGUGGCGGAGACGGUGGAUCGCCGGCACUGACGGCGGCCUCCAAGCUCGCAGCGAUGCUUGGGCUUGGCCCUGCCCGCCCGGCCUGCUCCGCCCGGCCCGCUCCGCAGCACCGAGCUCGCUGCCCGGGCCUGGGGCCAUGUUAGAGCAGAACCUUUGGGUUUGGUGCAUCCUUCAGGGAGCAGAGAGAGGUUUUCUGGUCGGGGGUUCUUUUCAUAGAUUUUGUUUUGUUUGAUCUGUGCGGUUUGCAUGAAUAAAUUCUGUCCGUUUGUAAGGAGCAGGGUCUGGAGGUCCAUCCCUUUCCCUGACCCCGCCCUUCCCUGGAGGCUCCUGCCAUCCAGUGCCAGGGGAGGCCACCUGCAGAGAGCCCCGCCCUCUGUCCAGGCACCGCCUCCCUCGCUCGCUGUGGGACACCCGUUUUCCGCUCUUUAAAGAAGCAGCAGCCGUUUUUGAAAUCACAACAGUGUUUCUCUAUCUAGGAAUUCCCCUUGGAUACAUUCAGAUGUGUCUGUCAGCUGACUCAGGCGUUUAUCCUAAUGGUCAGCUCUUGGUUAGCUUUCACAACGCGGCAUUGUUUUCAAUUUUAUAGAAUUACUGCGGAACUUUUCUCACUAAGAUGUUCGGGUAUUCGGGGUUCCGGUUGUUACCCCAAAGGGAAGUAAUAGCUUGUAUUUCAAAACUUUUUAAACCUUUAAUCACAGUCGGGUAGAAAUCUGAUGAAUUGUUCUAAUUAAUACAUUUCAGAAUGAAAUUUUUUCCUCAGAACGGCUUAAAAGCAGGUGUUAGAAGCGAUCCUAAGAGCCCUGUGAAAUCUGCCUUGUAGCCAAGAUUAUAUUCAAUCAAGAGGCCCUUUCCAGUAUGAUUUCUUAAAAGCUUGUAAAACUCAGCCAAUCCCUAGGAGACCACAUGCUGGGGCGCUCGGGCUCCUGUGCCCACGGCCGAGCCCCCGUGGGGCCUUCUGUCCACACAAGCCACGCGCUCCUGCCCCCGGCAGUGCGGCAGGGGAGGGCCUGUGCUCCGUGCGGGAAGGCAGGUGCUUUGCCAGCUGCCCCGGGUCCCGCCAGGUGACUAGUGCCCCAAACAGGCAGCUGGCGCCGGGACCCCGGCCUUCCUCAUGGCCUCCCAAGGUGGCUCCUCUCGGGGCUGCUCCCGUGGCAGAGGAGCGGGAGAGCAGAUCUCGCCACACCGCGCCCGUGUCUUGCAAAGGCGCAGGCACGUGGCUUCAGGAGCGACUCUGUGAGGACUCCGCUAAAACACUGCAGGUGCCCCUUCCCGUCCCACCCGCCCUGCCAGCGUCAGGCAGGGCACCGGGCGCUCCGUGCCAGUCUCUCCUACAGGCCGCCAGGCGGGCCUUCUCGCCUGCCCCGUCGCCCGUCCCAGGUCAGUCUCCCCCUCAGAGCCUUUGGGACCCGGCUCCCCAUGCUGGUGUGCCACGGCGAAUCCACCAGGGCACGUCCUCCUGCUCAUCACCGAUGCCACGUGGACCACAGUCCCCUCUCCCUGCAUGCGGGCCCCUAGGGGCUGGCUUGGAGGAGGGAGCCGUUACAGGGACCAGCGAAUGAGAGGGGACAGAGCCGUGACCAAGGUGCCAGGAGCCUGGUGCAGCUCGGGGAGCCGGAGGUGGCAAACAGGUUCCGCUCCGGGCCCCGGGCCCACCCCUGCCCGCAAGGCCUGCACUGGCGGCCAUGUCUCACGGGCAGAGCGCGUGUUGGGAAGAGACUCCUUGUCCGUUGGUUUGGGGGGUGGAGAGUGAGUGUCGAGGCGCAGUGCCCGCCCUCCUCCGGGCGGCGUCACACCGCGCUCUGAGAGAAGGUGCGUGUGCUCCCACCGCUGCUCUGUCCCAGGUCACUGCGCAGCGUCAUUGCUGUGGCUCUCAGAUCCGGGUGGGGCUGAGCAGUUCAGUGAGCGCGUUAGGCGGAGCAGUGGCCCUCCACCGGGAGGCCGGCCACUCUGAGCCGGCUGAGUGCUCCGGGAGGGCGCAGCUCGCUUCUCCUUCCGGCGUGCCAACGGCCCUCCGCAGAAACACGGAGCACUUUCACAGAAAAAGGGAGAGACCCGUGAAUGUCCUCUGUCCUUGGUUUCCAGUCGGAGGUUUGUUCUUGCCAUGCGCUUGAACCAGUCUUUCCCACUGGUGCCCCACCCCUCCCGUCCUGCUGCUGGCCUCCCUCCACGGUUCUCGCGUCGGCUAUGGAAGCGCCUUCCCACGGGUCCCCGCACGCUGUAGGGCUAUCUUUGCACUUAAAAGUGUUCUUCUUAAAGGGGCUGUCCUCACCUCCGGGGGGUUUGCAGAAAACCGUUUAGCCCACCUUGAGCAAAAGGUCGAUUCCUCGUCGUUUUCUUGAAAGCUCCAUGUAACAAAAGAAACCUAAUUUGGCAUCCUUGUGCUACCUCAACGGUCAAAAUGUCUUCAGGUCCUGAGUCUGUACAUGGUGUUUGAAAUGUCUUUUGAUUGGGAUUAUUUUUAAAUCAUUGGGAAGAAUUUUAUUUUAAACCGUUUUGCACUUGUGUUUUAAUCUCAAAAGAAUCAGUGAUUGGAAGUGAUUGACUCUUGCUCCUGGUAUUGAACACAAUUAAAGCAUUGUUUGCCACGAACAAGGCUGAGUUUUUAAAGCGGAAACUCGGGGCGCCGCUUGGCUCGCGGCUAAUGAAGGCCGACAGGUCUGUCUGACUUCCCAGUG